AUGUCAGUCAUCGCAUGUGUCUUAUCGUGGAGUCCAGACUCCAACACGUUACAUAUCUGGACACCACAGGAAGGCGGUUUACCAGGAUGGCUGUUUCUCAUCACAGCGGAUGCGCCUGGAGCGACAUCCAACACAGCCGUUACGGCUCCUUGUGCUGCUGCUUUGAGGCGUAAGUGGGAAGCGGGGACAGAUGAGGAGAUGGAAGAAGGAGUUAGGCCAAGGAUUGGGUAUGAAAUGCUAGUCUUGAUAUGGACAGUUAAACUGAUUGCUCAUCUAUACAUCACUGGCUGA